UCUGGACUCCAGUGAGAUUGUUAUUACUAGGAUACCCUAUAGGUGCCAAAUUAUCUAUAGUGGAGGUCCAAUGAUUACGCGCUGAUCCCUGCCCGCCCGCCCGGAAAGGCCACCAUUGUUAUCUGGGGAGUAUACCAAGUUGGCGUGACAGCUCGCUCAAUCUGUUAACUACUCACUUUCCUGAUUACUGUUUCUUAAAUCCCACUCCAUUUUUCUAUGUUUGUUAUUUAAACUCCCUGGGGGAUUUCUCUAGCCCAACCUGACUGUGUGAGCAAUUACUACAUACGUGUUAUGAAUCCAUCAUUGUCCAUCGGGAAUAAGACCAGACGAAGAUGACCUCCAGUUCCGCCCCUUCAGACAACUCAUUGCCGAACACAAACUCAACUAGUGGAGCAUCAGGCUUUGUUCUGCAUGUGCUCUGCCCAUCACUUCCUCCCCCUAAUCGCUUUACAUUCAAUGAUUUGGUUCCCUCCACCACUAUCGCUGGCCUCAAGGCGCGCAUAUCUCAAUCGAUUCCCAACCGGCCAUCCCCUGAGACUCAGAGAUUAAUAUAUCGCGGGAAGCCCAUUUCGAAUGAUGAAGUGACCCUGCAAAGGGUGCUAGAACCUGCAAAUGGCGCGGAAUACUCUAUGCAUCUAGUUCUUCCUCCGGGUCCUUUACCCCAUGUGACCACCUCAAGACCUCCGCCAUCGGUACAGUCGCAAACCCCUAGCGGCAUUUCUCAAAGCAGCCUUUUUGGGCCCAGUCGAUCGGCUCCACCAUACCCAAUGCCACAUGGACAAGAAAUAAGAUACAGAGCUCCAAUGGGUCCUAGCGAAGCUGAUAUAGGGCUGGCUCUCCGACGCAAUAUUGAAACCAUCCGCGGGCAGAUCGAACUGCGGGAGCGAGGUUCGCCCCUACCAGAUCAGCAGGGAGCUGGGCAUACCCAACAAUUCCCCUGGCAGCGUAUGGCACAAGGCACGCCGCAGUCCUCAACGACUACGUCGACUUCAACGUCAACGUCAACGCCAAUAAUAUCAUCCAAUGCGUCAGAAAUAGGUGCUCAUCUACCUCAAGACUCUAGACUACGCCUACAUAUAUUAUUGCCUCAAAUUGCGUUAUGUGAAGACCAGCUCAAUCGAGGAAUUGCCCUUCCUAUGGACCAAGUGAUUCGUAUUCGGUCACAGCUAUUUGAUAUCCUCGAUGAUCAGUAUAGCAACCCGUUAUCUGAACGCGACGGUUCUAUUGAAGCCUUGCUCACUCGGGUCUUCAACAUCUACACCCGCGCAGAUCAACUCCGCGUAAGCCAAUCCAGGGCCAGUGCUACUAUGCAGCACAAUACGCCCAAUGGUCCCACAAACAAUGGACAUGCACAGGCCCCCAUAUAUCUUCUUUCGUCACCAAGUGGAUACCAGGCUCUCGUCACAUCACCAGGUGCAGUGGGGUCAAUUGAGUCGUCGCUGAACGCACUGCGCGCGACACAGGCCUCACAGACAACAUCUGCCCACAUUCCCCAUGCGAACCAAAAUCCGAACGCCGCUGUUAUGGAGAACGCUGUCCGCCAAGCAGUUCUUCAUCAAAGAUUAGGCAAUAAUGAGCCAAUAGGAUUCGCCCGGAAUAUACGACGCAUUUGGCUUUUUGUGCGGUUGUACUUCUUUUGCUAUAUGUUUAGCGAACCCGGUACUUGGUCGCGAGUCCUGUUGGUGGCCGUAGCUGUUAUUAUAUCUCUCCUGUCGGAAACCAGCGUCCCGCGGCAAUUGUAUGGAAUGAUUAUUUCACCCAUUCAGCAGCACCUCGAAGGCUUGGUGCACUACUCUGCAGAUGAACACGUGCAGCCUCGACCUCAGGGCACAGAGGCCAUGGGUGGUCCAAGAAAUGCAAAUGGGUCCGGAGAUAGUCGAGCUGCUGUGCCGACAGGAAUACGCCAUAAUAUUCGAAGAGUAGAGCGAUCCUUGGCACUCUUUCUCGCCAGUCUUGUUCCCGGAGUUGGAGAAAGGCACGUCGAAGUGCGCAACGCAGCCGAAGCCGCUCGAAAUGCAGAGCGUGUGCGGGAAGAAGAGGACCGUCGUAGACAGGAGGAAGCUAACAAUAGCGAAGGAGUGGCUGAACAGGAGCAGCAAGACCAGGAGGUCAGCACGGCUUCCCGGCCAGAGUCAUCUGUACAAAACAGCGCAAUCGAAGACGGAUCUCAUCCCUCAAUACCCGUUGGAGACGAACACGGUGCAAGGUAACCCCUAACGCCAGCUCCACUUAUUUACUUGCAAUCAUUUGUUGCGUUAGUUCUGUACAUAGCUGGCGUUAAGUGAGCGUUGGAAUUAGCGUAGAUUCCUAUGGACAGAUUUAAGAAAUGCUGAUAUGAAAUCUUGCAGUUAUCAAGCGCUCGGUUUUCUAUGUUCUGCUAUACUGUCUAUUUAGCGUAUUUACUAGCCCCUUUAAAUGAACUACAAACAUGCGUGAGGAUGCGUGGAACCGAGCGCAUAGGCUUACAAUUUCGUGGCCGGCCACUCCACGAACGUAUCUUGAGUCGAGGUAGGCAAAGCCGAUGUGGGGGCCAUAGGGCCGGUAUCAAACGACUCCUCCCCAUUGAAGUGCCUGUAAGAAAGUAACGUCAGCAGAGCUCAAAAGCAAC